AUGGCCACUGAAUCGACACCAUUGCGUGGCGUGCAGUACGCUUCAGACGCUCAAAAGCGCAAACGUAUCGUUGGCGUCACUGGCGCAGUCGUCGUCGUCACUGCUAUUAUCAUUGUGCUAUGGCUCUCCCUAAGCAGCCAUAGCUCAAAAAGUCACGAAGUUGAAGUGCCUGAGCCCACUCCCGCGCUGCGACCAGAGUCACCCGCCAUCGCUGAUAUUCCAGACGCAUCUCCGACUGAGGAUCCACGUGCUCCAAUCAAUCCGGCGUCUGAUGCUCCUGAACGAGCUCCCGGCGACCGGCAUCCUCCUGCUGAGACUGUCCCUGCUAUUCAGCCAAUUCCUGCUGCCGAGCCUCUGCCCAUUCCUGCUGCAAAACCUGCUUUACCCUCUGAGCCUCAGCCCGUUGCCCAGCCUACUUCUGCUACAAAACCCGCAGCAGCCUCUGAGCCUCAGCCCGUUGCCCAGCCUAUUCCUGCUGCAAAACCUGCAGUAGCCGCUGAGCCUCAGCCCGUUGCCCAGCCUAUUCCUGUUGUAAAACCCGCUGUAGCCCCCGAGCUUCAGCCCGUUGCCCAGCCCAUUCCUGUUGUAAAACCCGCUUCAGCCCCUGAGGCUCAGCCUAUUCCUGCUGAAAAACCCGCUUCAGCUCCGAAGUCUCAGCUGUCUGCUCAGCUCACCUGA